AUGAUGAAGUCGAUCGUAUUUGGACUUUCCCUUGUGAGCGCAGCUGCCGCUCAGAUCAGCGUUGUGGGCAUGUCCAUGGUCCCUAUCGCAGCGGCCCAGCCUGGCGCCAUCACCCCAACGCCCGCGCCGACUGAUGGAGCAGCGCCGCCUACAGAACCUACGGCAGCCCCCUCCAGUUCCGUGGAUUUCUACCAGGUCAUGCCUUACUCUUCGUACAAGAGCGGAGGAUACAAAAGUCUGGACUGCGGAUACGGCUACAAGAAGCAGCAGGAUGGGUCAUGCAAGCCUGAGACAUGGUACACACAAACUGAGGGUUGCUAUGCUACUCAAAUUAUUAAUAUCAAUAAUUGCCACGGUGGUUAUGGUGGGGGAGGCGCUCAUACGGUCACAGUGACGGCCAUCCAGACACAGGUUCACACACAAGUUGUCCCCACCACGAUUACGAAGCAUGAGACGGUUACCUACACCCAAACCAACACUCAAUCAGUUACGCACGUCGUUACCUCUAUCGAGGUCCAGCCAACGACACGAGUGUGGGUCUCGACGCAGAUCAUCGACAACACGAAAGUUGUCGAGCAUACCCUCACUGCCACUGAGACGAGGACACAGACCAACGUUUACACUCAGACGGCUACCCAAACGGACACCGCUACUCAGACAGUCAAGGAGAUCAAGACCGCUUUCCAGACCGUCACCCACCUGAGCACGAUUGUACAGCCGACCACGUACACCCGCGUCUGGGUGACUACGCACGUCAUCGACAAUACGAAGACCGUUGAAGAGACGAAAACCGCCACGGUCACUUCGGCGGUUACCUCGGUGCAGACAGCGACAGCGACUGUGACCAACACCCAAACGGACAAGGUCACUGUUACGCACGUUAGCACGUACGUCCAGCCGACCACCCUGACAUCGGUAUGGGUACAGACAUCAACCAUCGACAACACCAAGACUGUUCUCAAUACAAUCACUUCGACGAAGGUCGAGGACAGGACAUAUGUGCAGACCGUCACCUCUUUGUCGCUAUCGACAGCCACUGCCACUGCUACGACCACCGAAAUCCAGAAGGUUCUCCAGACUGGUCUCAUGGAGUGCCUUGGUCAGUGCAAGUCUCAGUACUGGCUGACGGUCGGCAACAACAACAACCACAACACGUACGCUGCUCCCACCCCAUCCUACACGACAUCUAGCCACGCCACCACUACCACUGCCGCCUCUCAAGGUAGCUAUGGGUCUAGCGGUUCGCAGUAUGGCUCGCAGUACGGCUCGGGAUCGUAUGGGUCAAGUGGCGACUCCGGGUCCGGUUACUAA